UUACACCAACAUGCAGGCCUGACUGUCGCAAACAGCUCAGCAGCCAAAUAUGGGAAACCGCUUCCUGCUCUCUGCCUGCAGAUUCCUCCAGGCAAACCUCAGACCUGCAGCUGAAACCCGCAUGAGCGCUGCGUUUGACACCAGACAUAUAUCGAACACGCUGCUUACAUAACACGGUGCAGUGGAUACUGUGGCAUUAGCCUGUUUCAUUUAUUGAGACCUGCGGUGUUAUUUUUCACGAGGUAACUUUUUCUGAUAACCGAUCCGUCACGAGUCCUGCUGUGAUGUUUGGUACCGGAGCCGGUUUUGCAGAUGCACACGUACUGUAGUGCCAACUGUGUUUUACAGUCUGUCUGCAUUGCGUCGAAACCCCCCUCCUCUCCUCUUUCUCACUCCCCUCACUCUCCCUCUCUCUCUCCUACCCCUCCCUCUCUCCUCCACUCACUUCUCCUUUCUCCUCUCUACAUGAAAUCCUGCAAUAUGCUUCCAAAUUACCGGAGACAUCCUCUGUCUCGUGCGCCUCUUGUGCGGGAUCCUAAACCGGUUUUCCUUUAAAGCCUCCGCGUUGUUUUGUCUCUUUUAUUAUUUUUUUUACCGCAGCAAAAAAAACCAGGAGAGAGACGCUUUCUGCUGAUGCUGCUGUGUCCAGUCCUCCCAGUCCUCUCCAUCAGACUGGGAGCUAGAUCCAGCUUUAUUUCUAAUAUUUGUCUUUCUACCAGACUCCGUCCUCCGCCUCCUCUAUUUCCAGCAUGAUUUUAAUAAAUUGCCAGUCAGGAUUUUUGCUGCUGAGCCGCGGUCCGAAGCCGUCUGAAGCCUCCUCCUGCUGCGGGCUGCUCCGAUCGACGCUGAAAACCUACACCAAGAGGAUACGGAUGUUAACCAAGACAACAUAGUCUAUUAAUUUUUCAGAGAUACUGUAAAACGAUAUCAGUAUUAAACCCAAGUUGGGAAAGGUAGGCAGGGUGAGGACAUUCCUUCCAUCUGCUGCUCUCCAGCUCAGCACAGGUGACGGAUGAAGCAUUGCUGAGAGAAAGAAGAUGUUCAUCUCGGAGAUGAUGAUGAUGAUGAUGAUGAUGGUGAUGAUGAUGAUGGAGAGGGAGGCUCUGCACAGCUCCUGGCCUCAGUAGAGGCUUCUUCACUCCGAACCUGCUCCUCUUCACCUUCACGCCGCUUCCUCUCCCUGUCCUCCACCCGCCAGGAAGGAUGACUGUGGUGUCCACAGAGAACAUGGACGAGACCUCCACCCUGCCGGGACACCCACAGGACCCCUACCCACCCGACGACGAUCACGACGACCACGACUGUUGCGAGCGGGUGGUCAUCAACAUCUCGGGGCUGCGCUUCGAGACCCAGUUGAAGACUCUCGCCCAGUUCCCGGAAACGCUUCUUGGGAACCCCAAGAAGAGGAUGCGCUACUUCGACCCCUUACGAAACGAGUAUUUCUUUGACCGGAAUCGCCCGAGUUUCGAUGCCAUCUUGUAUUAUUACCAGUCCGGAGGAAGGCUAAGAAGACCGGUCAACGUGCCGCUGGAUAUGUUCUCAGAGGAGAUAAAGUUUUACGAACUUGGCGUGGAGGCCAUGGAGAAGUUUCGAGAGGACGAGGGAUUUAUCCGGGAAGAGGAGCGGCCCCUGCCAGAGAAGGAGUUCCAGCGGCAGAUCUGGCUCCUCUUUGAGCAUCCGGAGAGCUCGGGGCCCGCCCGGGGGAUCGCCAUCGUCUCAGUUAUGGUUAUUCUUAUUUCAAUAGUCAUAUUUUGUUUGGAGACAUUACCAGAGCUGAAGGAGGAUCCCAGUCAGCGGAUGCAGAUAGUGGGGAACAUCACCGUGUAUUACAAACCAAAUGUCCUCACAGACCCUUUCUUUGUGGUGGAGACGCUCUGCAUCAUCUGGUUUUCCUUUGAGUUGAUAGUCCGGUUUUUCGCUUGUCCCAGCAAGGCGGCAUUCUUUAAAAACAUGAUGAACUCUAUUGAUAUUGUGGCUAUAAUCCCAUACUUUAUCACACUUGGAACAGAGCUGGCUGACGACCAAGACAACAAGGAGGGGAAGGGAGGAGGGGAACAGGCCACAUCUCUGGCUAUUCUCAGGGUAAUCCGCCUGGUGAGGGUGUUCAGGAUCUUUAAAUUGUCCCGACAUUCAAAGGGGCUUCAGAUUUUGGGACAAACUCUAAAGGCGAGCAUGCGGGAGCUGGGCUUGCUAAUUUUCUUUCUCUUCAUCGGCGUGAUUUUGUUCUCCAGUGCCGUUUACUUCGCCGAGGCUGAGGAGAAGGAGUCGUUCUUCACCAGCAUCCCAGAUGCUUUCUGGUGGGCCGUGGUGUCCAUGACGACCGUCGGCUAUGGGGACAUGUAUCCCGUAACCAUCGGAGGGAAGAUUGUGGGCUCGCUGUGCGCCAUCGCUGGAGUGUUAACCAUUGCGCUCCCAGUGCCCGUCAUCGUGUCCAAUUUCAACUACUUCUACCACCGGGAGACGGAGGGGGAGGAGCAGGCUCAGCUCCUCAACGUCAGCAACCAGAAUUUGGCGUCGGACACCAACUCGAGCCGCCGCUGCUCCUCGGUGGUCAGCAAGUCGGAGUACAUGGAGAUAGACGAGGACAUGAACAACAGCAUCGAUAACUUUAGGGAAGCAAACCUUAGGACUGCCAACUGCACGGCUCCCAGCCAGAACUGUGUGAACAAGGGGAAACUGCUCACCGACGUGUGAGGCCGCGUCCAACGCACAGGUGUAAAUAUUGUAGAAAUACUUGGAUGCUUUAUCUCCAUUGGUGCAUUUUAUUCUUCUUUUGCAUUGAUUCAUUCAAACAUGUACGAAUACUUAAAGAGUUUAAGGCACACAUGGUAAAUUUAUAAAAAGUAGAGGCUCAGUUAUUUCAUGAAAACACAAUGACAGAGUUGCCUGGCAAUAGUUCAAAGAUCAGCAGGUGUAAGGGAACAUUUUUGAUAAAUUAUUAACUCAUUUUAGAAAUUUGUACCAGUUAAUUACAUUGUUUAUUCCCUCAAAUUGAAGGGGAACUCCACCAAUUUCACACAUGAAGAUUAGUCUACUGAUAUAUAAUGUCUGAGCGAUCUCAUAGUGAUGUCAUUAGGGCUAUCUUGGUUUUAGCAUGGCGACUACAAUUUUUUUUUUUUACAGAAAGCGUGCGUUACAAACUGGAGGUGUCGAAUUUGAAAGAUGUGGGUGUUUACCGGGCAGGGAGAGACUUUGCUUUAUGAGAAAUUUAAGUUUUUGGAGCUGGCCCGAAACUGGGGAGUCUAACAAAAGACAUUAUGAUAGUUAUUAUUGGGAAGCAUUAUGGGAACUGAAGGAGCCAGUGUCCCAAACUAGAGACAAAAAUCUGGAUAUUUUGGUCUCUGUUGCACAAUUUUUUACUGUUCUUUUUAAAAUAUGUCUCUUGCAAAUUCUCAAACUUUAUAGAAGUGCAAUACUAAAUUGAUGGAGUGCCCCUUUUGACAGUGUUACCAUCUUCGCUUUCGACCAAGAUUCAUAGGUAUUCUUCGGGUUUAGGCUGUUAAAACACAACUUUGUGUUAUCUUUGUUGUCUCUUAAAUGUAAUUUAUAGAGUUACAGCUGGUUUUAGAUGAAUGUAGAUGAUCCAAUUUGUAAAAAAAAAAACAAAUCUUAUUCUAGAGGAUGAUGCAGAAGAGAGAAGGAAGGGAGCAAACUGAGUCAUUUGAGAUAAAGAUUUAGUAAAUUUGAGGGGAUUAAUUUCCCUCAAGGGAAUUUUUUUAGCGUAGCACCUUGCAACAACAAAGCAAUUCAAAGUGCUGUACACAAGACAUGACAAGACAAAAUGUAAGACACAUAGAAACAGGAGUAAUAAAGAAUAAAAUUAAACAGAAGAUAAAAAAAUAUGGUAAAACUGAAUAAAGAAGAGAAUAAAAAAUACAGUACAGUGCAAGAUAUGAAUAGUCCGAUUUGUAUUUUUUUUAUAAAAGGCAGUUGCAAACAGAAAAGUUUGAGAGCUAAAUAUUUAAAAAUUCAAAAGAUUGAAUGACUAAAUUGAGAGAACAAACUUAUUACAUUUUGAGUGUGAGGGAAUAAUUUCCAAUUUGAGGGCACAAAUUACUAAUGUGACACACACAAGAAUUUAUUAAAAAAAUCUCCCGGACACCAGGCUUUGUGCAACAGACUAAACUUUCAGGAUAAAAGAAAACACAAAAAACAACAGAGCCCAACUGAGGUUUGAAGAACACGGCGGAGGACGACUCAAACGAAGAAACACAUUUUGAGUGGAUUACAGUUGAAGGUCGGGCGAUGUUUUUCUGCGGCACAUCCAGGGACAUUUUGGAAAACUCAGCGUCAGAUGUCGAUCGAUGUUUUUCAGGCACCUUAUCGGAACAAACAGGAAGUGUGCUGAGCCUUGUUAUCUACACUGCUGCUGCUGCUACAGGCUGGAGAUUCCCUGUAUGAUGCCAUGCAACACUCCUUUAUAUAAAAGCAUGUGGAGACUC